AUGACGGCGUGGACUGAGCUCAAAGGCCGCGUUCGACAGAACCUCCACCCCAACAUUGUCACAUUGAGCGUGGGCAGGUCUGGUCAGGGGAAGCCCGACGGCGACGCGUACUUGUUCGGCUUUGACCCGAACCUUUUUCGACGAGUGCUGAUGCAUCUGCGCGCUGGAAAGGCAAGCCCAAUCGAUGACGAGUUGUCAGAAGCCGAGCGCGACAAGUAUGCGUCGAUGAUGCAUAUCUAA